UAUUAUAACAUAUAACAUAUUAUUACAUAUUAUAUAUCAAAUAUCAAGAUAUGCAACAUAGUAAAGCUCUUCGUGGCUUUUAUUCCUUCUGCUUGGUCACACUCAAUUCUUGCCUCACCCUUUUUGAUCGUUUGUUAUUGCAACUCACACCCCUAUGCCAGCAAUGACAAUCUUAAGACCUCGUCAUGGCACCCAACUGUAGUGAUAGCUUUUCGCAUACUAUCAUUUCAUUGUUCUUUGCUUUUCUCCCACCACCCUCACCCUCACUUUCACUUUCACUUUCACUUUCACUUUGAAUUCCGAAAAUCGGCAUACACUUAGAUUUCAGCUUCAUACGUCGUAUAAUUCCUUACACAUAGAAAUACACAUAUACAUACCAUUUUUCUUAAACUAGCAUAAGCGAACAUGGAACCUUAUGAGGAGCUCAUAUCAUGGGCUACAGGCCAGGGCGUCAAGCUCACCGGCAUCAUACCUAAGCGUAUUCCCGGUCGGGGCAUCGGCCUCGUUGCUACCCGGGCGAUCAAGUCAGGAGAGGUCGUGCUCGAGGUCCCUGCAUCGUGUAUACGGAGCAUCGACACAGUCCCGAAGCCCCUUGUCCGGCAGCUGCCCAAAUCCAUCUCCGUCCACGGCCUGCUAGCCGCGGACCUCGCCCUCGACCGCUCCGGCCGGUACGCCGCCUGGGACGCCGUGUGCCCCACCCCCGCCGACUUCGCCGGCAUGCCGCUCGUCUGGCCCCCCGAGCUGCGCGCGUACCUGCCGCUCGCGGCGCGGGACCUGCUGGCGAAGCAGGACGCGAAGCUCGCGCGCGACUGGGCCGCUGUCGCGAAGGCGUUGGCGCAUGGCCAGGAGGACCUCGACGAGGCUCGGUACCGGCACGCCUGGAUGCUCGUCAACACGCGCACCUUCUACUACGUCAACGCGCGGCUGCAGCGCCGCUGCCCCGACGACCACAUGUGCCUGUUGCCCGUCGCCGACCUGUUCAACCACGGCGACAACGCGCGCGAGGAGUGCAACGUCGCGUUCGACCGCGCCGGCUUCGAGGUCACGGCCGCGCGUAGGUACGCCCGCGGCGAGGAGCUCAAGAUCUGCUACGGGAGCCACAGCAACGACUUCCUGCUCGUCGAGUACGGGUUCGCGAUGGACGGAAACAAGUGGGACGAGGCCAGGCUCGACGAGGUGCUGGUCCCCCAGCUGAGUGCCCACCAGAGGGAGAAGCUGGACGCGGUGGGGUUCUGGGAGAGGUAUGUGCUGGACAGGGAGACGGAGUGCUACAGGACGCAAGUUGUCGUGCGGCUGCUGUGCUGCGGGUUCAGGGAGUGGAAGCGGUUCAUGGAUGGGAUUGACGAUGGCGAGCGCAGUAAGCAGGAGGUAGCCCAGUACAUGAUCGAGUUAUUGAAAGAGCUCAGGCUGGAUGCCGGGAAUAUGAUUUGCCAAGUUGGGGCUUUAAAAGUCGGCGAGCCACAGCAAAGAGAGUCGCUGGCUGAUCGGUGGGAACAGAUUGAAGGACUGGCUGCUAUGAAUAUCGCCCGUCUCAAAGAGGAUCUGAAUAGAAAUCCAUUACCUAGGUUAGGAAGGAAGGUGUAGAACCUUUGGUAUAGAAUCUAAAACCUAGGUACUGAUUUAUCUCGACCGAGUAAAACAUUGAUGGGCGUUUAUCAUUAUAUACCUACAGAUACACAACAAGUCAUUGAAUAGACUCGUAUCCCAACGUAAAAAAAAAAAAAAAAAAGAUCAUCCAAACGCCAUUGUAUGCUGCCAUCCAUAAUCAACCUAUCCCUUAUUUUCUUUUUUUAGUGGCCCUACGUACUUUUUGGACUCCGCAUAAUAUAGUAGUAACACGAUACCUUGUACCAAGUAGAUCAUCCGGUGUUCUAGGUACCUAGGUAGCUAUCAGGAACUGGACGAUAGCCCCGACUCCUUCCGCAGAGACUCCUUGCGCGCCUUUGCUUCCUCGGCGUCGAGGAAAUCCUGGCGAAGCUUGUCCUCCUUCCGCUUCCGCAGGGCAUCUUCUUGUACCGUCCAUACUGUUUUUUUCGCCAUGUUAGCAUGUGUAGGUACGUGGUGUAAAUAAAUACCCUCUUGUGUCUUGUCCCCUUUCGUACCAAGCAAUGCGAUUUAUCUUGAUGGCUAGCCAUCAGGCGCAUGCACGCAGACAGAACAAAGCGCGACUCAUGAGACUUUGGUUGAUGACGCAAAGGUGGGUAGGGUAAGGUAGGGUAAGGAGGUGAGGUGAGGUGAUGUGAUGUGAUGUGAUGGAUUCGCAACGUACUCGGCUUGCUGGACUUGGAGUCG